CCCGUUAUGCCAGCUUUGCUUCUUUUUGCUGGUAGAAACAUUGGAAAACAAGCCUAAUGAAACAUUUAUUGACGGUUAAUCGUUUUAAUUAUCAACAUUGCCUGAUUUUAAAACAUUUCUUUUUAAAUGUGCUUCUUUUAGGACUAAAUUUCGGUAAAAUAACGGCCUUUGAGUUAUAUAGUGUUGAGUGUGUUGCGUGCAGUGUAUUUCGUGCUGUGUGCAAACUGCGGGUGUCGUGCUGAAAAUUACUGUUUUUGCCCUCACUUUUUUCUUUUCCGACGAGUGGGCAACAGCGAUUAAUCAUUACGCAUUUUGUACUGUCUGCAAAAUAGCCAAGACGGGUUAAAAAAUUAAUCACAUGCACCAUAAGUCAUUGCAAAGUUUUGAAGCGCUUGUGAACACAGUUUUUAGUGUCCGUGUUGGUCUUGAUUUCCCUGCCGAGUCUGCUGAGUGUUUGACGGCAGCGUAUUCAUUGGAAACCCGUUUUCAAGCGGCAAUAGAGAUUUUUGAAUCUACAACACUAUGGGGCGCUAUACUGGAAAAAGUUGUCGUUUCUUGGUGAUGAUGUUACUGACAUCAACCUUCUUCUUAGUGGAACUCAUCACAGGUUAUAUGACAAACUCAUUGGCCCUAGUUUCGGAUUCCUUCCAUAUGAUGUCAGACAUCAUAGCUCUAGUCAUUGGCUUCUUGGCUAUGAGGUUGUCAAAGAAAACUACUCCAAAGAACACAUUUGGCUGGCAGCGAUCUGAAGUUCUGGGUGCUCUUGUGAAUUCAGUCUUCCUGAUGGCUCUGUGCUUCACUAUCUUUGUAGAGGCCAUCCAGCGUUUCAUUAACAAGGAAAAUAUUACAAAUCCGCUGAUUGUAUUGAUUGUUGGAAUCAUUGGUCUGGUUAUUAAUGGAUUUGGAUUGUGUCUCUUCAGUUCUCACGGUAUGUCGCACGGACACAGUCAUGGAGGUGGCGGACAUGGACACAGUCACAAGAAUAAGAAGAACAAGGAAGUCACUGAUGAUUCAAGCGCUGACACUCUGACCCCACUCCGGGUAGGUUCGCACAAAAAGCUCAGUGAAGUCAAAGUAGAGGUCGGUGACUCUGGAGAUGAGCCAACCCCUGUAGUUGAAGACGAAGAUGAAAAUACAAACAACGAUUCGUCCGCUGCCCAGCUAAACAUGAGGGGAGUGUUCCUACAUGUUCUUGGUGAUGCCUUAGGCUCGGUGGUUGUUAUCAUCAGUGCAGGAUUAAUCUUGGCGGUAGGAACGGAGCAUGACUGGGUACAUUACGUGGAUCCAGCUAUGAGCCUUAUCAUUGUGGCUAUUAUCACGAUUACAACAAUGCCAUUAUUUCGUCAGUCAAGCAUGAUCCUAUUGCAGUCGAUACCAGCAGAAAUUGAUCUGGACAAAAUUGAAAGACAAUUAAAGGAAAAAGUUGUUGGAAUAGCUAAUGUACAUGAUCUCCACGUAUGGCAGCUAUCUGGUAAUAAGUAUAUAGCAACAGCUCAUGUGUUAUUCCAUAGUAUGGAAGACUACACAGUCCAAGCUCAGAAGAUUAAAUCCUAUCUUCAUGAUCAGGGAAUCCAUUCUACAACGAUACAACCAGAGUUUAUUGGGGACUACCCUUCUGACGCUGUGGACGGUACGGUAUGUAAGAUACUGUGCAAACCAGACUCUGUAUGUGAAGCUCAGAAAUGCUGUGAUGAUAACAAGAAAUCCAAGAGGAAGUCAAUAGACCAACCUUCAUCACCGACUCCAAACAUGGUCGACACUUCAGACUUCAGUUCAAAUCCCAUGGAUCAGGAAGUGUGACCUUCUUAACCUUUGACCUUCAAGGAUAUGUGAUCUUUAAACCCUUGACCUGCAUUGACCUAUCAUUUAACAUUGACCAUCAAUUUUGUAUGGAUCGUAAGUUGUGGAAAGCCAAGGAAAUUUCUCCUUAAUAAGAUGUAUUUGUACAUGAGGUGAAGUUUGAAGGGAACUGAGAUGGAUGCCAGACCACUGCUUCUAAUUCCUAUGCAAGGUUCUAGGUAGCGUUAGAAGGAUUCCUUUUUAUCUAGUCCUUAUACUUAAUAUCUGAUAAAGCAUUUUAAAGGGUCUAGGUACUUUUUGUAGAACAAAAAACACAAUUUCCACAGAUUUACACUAAACUUACACA